GGUGAAUAGCCUUUAGAUCGGGCUUUGUGGGAAUGAUUGUCAGUGGCUUAAUGAGCGUCUUUGCCAAGCUAGAGGCUUUGGCAACAUAUGUGACUACAGUGGCUGCGCUCCUGUCCGUCUCCAGCCUGUAUGACACGACACACAACGGGGCUCAGCACUCUCCAUUUUUUGCAGAAAUCUGAUUUUACCCAACUCAUGGUUUCCAUUCUGUUCUGGAUUUUAUCACCUGGAAAGGAGCGGUGUCUCCUCCCAUGGGGACCAGAGCUGAGAGCGAAGUAAAAUCCUGUACAGCAUCUUCAGCGCGCCAGAGAAAUGAACUGAAGACGUGAAGAGGAGAGCGCUCGUUUGUUGACGUUGACGUCCGAGAUUUACAGCGGAAAACCAUGAGGUCGCAGAGGAGGCCGGGAGCAGUCGCCGUGCUGGGCUUGAUCGCCUGUAUUUGUGCCUUUCAUACGAACACCGCCAUUGACAUCCCACUUGAGGUUUUAGGUCAUGUAAACAUUGAGCAGCUGCCCACCAUCACAGCUCAGUCACCCAGCUCUCUCAUCGCCUUCCCGUUUGAUGAGAGCUUCCCCGUGACGUGCGAAGCCAAAGGGAAUCCCGAGCCGGAAUUCAGAUGGACAAAGAAUGGCCAGGAAUUUGACCCCUUUCUAGACCCCCGGCUGAUGAAAGAGGAGAAUUCUGGGACCUUUGUGAUACCCAAUAAUGGGAACCUUACAGAGUACCAGGGAACCUAUCGCUGUUACGCCUCAAACAAACUGGGGACCGCUAUAUCGAAGGAGAUUGAGUUCAUUGUGCCCCAUGUUCCAAAAUUUCCUAAAGAGACUCUGGAUCCUGUCGUGGUGGAGGAGGGCCAGCCCUUCACUUUAAAGUGUGACCCACCUAAAGGCAUACCACCUCUGCAGAUCUACUGGAUGACUAUCAAUCUCCAGCACAUAGAGCAAGAUGAGAGGGUCUCUAUGGGUUUGAACGGAGACCUUUACUUCUCCCACGCGGUGGAGAAGGACAGCAGGAGAGACUACUGCUGCUUCGCCGCCUUCCCGAGCAUACGCACCAUUGUUCAGAAGACUGCCAUGUCUGUCAUCGUCAAGACGAAAAAAAGUGACAUGAGUCCUGAAACUGCUAAUGCAAUCCUGGAGAGAAAGCCCUCUCUUCUGACGCCCUCUGGUGACAAAUCACAGACACAGCUGGUCAAAGGAGAGGACUUGAAACUGGAGUGUAUUGCUGAGGGAGUUCCAACUCCACAGGUGGAGUGGGCGAAGGUGGGCGAUCGGCUUCCUGUUAAAGCAAAGCGGGAGAAUCAUGGGAAACUGCUGAUUGUACCAUCAGUGGAACAGGAAGACAGUGGGAAGUACAUGUGCAAGGCAAAGAACGCGUUAGGAGAAGCCGUCCAUUACUUCAUAGUGACUGUGGAAGAGCCUCCAGAGUGGGUGUCUGAGCCUGAGAGUCAGCUCAGCAUGAUCGGUUCAGACGUGUUCAUCAAGUGCUCCGCCAGUGGGACUCCUCAGCCGACUAUAAUGUGGAGGGUGAACGGUGUGCCUCUGCAGGAGGUCCCGGCAGCCAACAGGAAGACGACUGGCGACACCAUAGUUUUGCAUAACGCCAAAGUGUCUGACAGCGCAGUGUAUCAGUGUGAGGCCUCCAACAGCCAUGGAAAACUUCUGUCCAAUGCGAACAUCAUGAUUAUGAAUCUGCCCCCCAUGAUUUUGACCGAAGAGGGUGAGGAUUACUCUGCCGUAGAGGGGAAGCAAGUGAUGAUGCACUGCAAGGUCUUCAGCUCUCCUCCUUCCACUAUCACAUGGAGCAAAGACGACUCCUCUGAAUCCGUUGAGGGGCCGAGGUUUAGCGUUCACGACAACGGAUCGCUGGAGAUCUACAGCGUAGAGAAAGACGACACGGGACAGUACACGUGUUUGGCUAAAAACACGGAGGGGUCGUCUGCCAUCAACACCAUGCUGUAUGUGAAAGAUCCCACUAGAAUAGCGGUGGCCCCGGAGGACCAGCAGAUCUUAAUAGGUACCACGGCCCAGCUCUCAUGCCUGGCAGAGUACGACAAGUCCUUCAGCAAUGACUUUGAGCUCCUGUGGGAAAAAGAUGAUGUGGAGAUAGCCCUCAACUACACUGAGAAUUCAAGAUACUUACUGGAGGAUGGUAUUCUUCAGAUUAUCAAUGUAAGCCACGGGGACCAGGGUGUGUACACAUGUGUGGCAAGAACUCCUGUGGACCGAGACAUGGCCUCAGCGCUGCUCAUGGUGUUAGAUGUCCCCGAUGCACCUGAGAACUUGAUGCUAUCUGAGCACAAGAGCAAAAGUGUGAAACUGAAGUGGAUCCCUGGGGACGAUCACAACAGCUCGACCACAGAGUUCGUCAUGGAGUACGAGGAAAGCCAGUGGGAGCCGGGAAACUGGAAGGAGCUGCUCCGGGUACCUGGGAACCACAACUCGGCCAUCCUCAAACUCCACGGUCACGUCGACUAUCGCUUCCGCGUGUCUGGAGUCAACACUGUGGGGAGGGGUCCUCCCAGCGAGCCCACAGAGAGAUACAAAACCCCCCCAGCAGCCCCUGACAAGAACCCAGAAAAUAUCAAAAUCGAAGGUCAUUUGCCACAUGAAAUGGAUAUCAACUGGGAGCCCUUGUUACCCAUUGAGCACAAUGGCCCUGGUCUGGAGUAUAAGGUGAGUUACAGAAGACAGGACGUGGAGGAGGACUGGAAGGAGCACAUGGUGAAGAGACACUCAUUUGUGGUGAAGAACACACCCACCUUUGUUCCCUAUGAGAUCAAGAUCCAAGCCAAGAACCAUCAGGGCUGGGGCCCCGAGCCCAAGAUAGUGACCGGCUACUCAGGAGAGGACUUUCCCUCUGCUGCGCCUGAUGAUGUAGCUGUGGAUGUGAUGAACAACUCAGUGGUCAAGGUUAGCUGGACGCGUGUACACAAGGACAAGCUACAUGGACAUCUGGGAGGCUACAGGAUAAACUGGUGGCGUCUGCGCCGUCUGGUGGAUUCGAAGAAAAGCCACGGAGACAAACACACACUGACGUUCCCAGGGGACCGGAACCACGCAACGAUACCACGACUGACGCCCUUCUCCGAGUACAGCCUCAUUGUCAUGACCUUCAAUGGGCGGGGAAAUGGCCCCGGCAGCCAUCCCGUCAACUUCAAAACCCCAGAGGGAGUCCCUGAGAAAAAUCCUGUUUUCAGGGUCACAGAUGUACAGAAGCACACUGUCUCUCUGGUCUGGGCCCCGCCGCUGGAGCCUAAUGGGAUUCUCACUGGGUACCUCCUCGAGUAUCAGCUCAUCAACGACACUGAGGAGGUGGGGGCGCUGCAGACAGUGGACAUCAGCAACCCCGACAUCACCCAGUGGAUCCUGCGUGACUUGGAGCCCAUGAGCAAAUACAAGUUCUACCUGCGCUCCUGCACCACCGUGGGCUGCGGGCCUGUCGUCAGCGACGAGUGCACCACCACCCUAGAAACAAGUCUGGCCAGCAUCCACGGAGGAAUAUCCACCCAGGGCUGGUUUAUCGGCCUGAUGUGUGCCAUCGCUCUCCUCACACUCAUUGUGUUGAUCGCCUGCUUUGUCAACAGAAAUAAAGGAGGAAAGUAUUCUGUAAAAGAGAAAGAAGACCUUCACCCAGACGUGGAGUCCCAGGGCAUGAAUGACGACACAUUUUGCGAGUACAGCGACAACGACGAGAAGCCACUGAAGGGCAGCCAACACUCGCUGAGCAGAGAGAUCAAAGCGGGGGACAGCGGGGACAGUCUGGUGGACUACGGCGACGAGGACGCUCAGUUCAACGAGGACGGCUCUUUUAUCGGCGAGUAUGCAGGGCGAAAGGAGAAGAGGGUGUCUGCCGAGAUCAAAGCCACCGUUCAGACCCCGGCGUGAGGAGCGGAACCGCCAUCCAUCCUCCCCUGGACACCGUUUUCAUUAAACCUGCUGUGAGGAACAAAUGAAAGAGGAAACAGACAUUAUCCAUACCGAGCACAAGUUUUGUGUCAAAUGUAAUGCGUCAUUGCCAACUGCACACUGCCAUUCUCAUUUUAUGAAGCUCUGUUUUGUCAAGUUGCAACAGAAUGACCAUUACUAAAUACUGUGUAUAUAUAGUGUAUAUUCUAUGUGUGGAGUGUCUUUUUUUUUUAUAAUUAUUACGCAAAACAUGUAGAGGGCUUGGAUUUUCUUUUUUUUUCUCUUUCCAUUACUUCAGCUGCAGUACUGUUUGUACAAAUGUUAGGAAAAUUUCACUCCCCAUUGCACAUGGUUUACAUGCUGCUUUGCCUCUGAUGUCAUCUUGUAGCAGACCACACAGACACAAGUGGGGAUAUCAAGCUGAUAUUUUUCAAUUGGAGCAAAUAUUACUGACCUUUUAUAUCUGAAAUUGAUUCAUUAAAUAUGAUGUAAGAUGUGUAUAAAGGUUGCUUAUUAACUUAUUUUUCUCAGUGGUUUUAUACCUGACAAAAUAACAAGGAAAUUUACAUAUCAUUUCAUAUCAUAAACAUUGAUUAUUGAAUCGCCCUGUGAUGCUAGAAGAAAGUAUAAUUUAGUUGUUAUGCCUUGUUUAUGAACAUUUAGAUCCAUUGGACAGUAUAAAUUACAAAACUCAGACUGUGCGUACUGCUGUGCCAGAUGUAAUCCAUUACAGAUUACACUAUUCUCCUGAUUAUGAAGUUGUAAGAACUUGUAGUGUAAAUGAGUAAUCCACAUUUUCAUCAAAAUCUUCAACAUCUUGAAUUAAAGCUACAACUACAAUUACAAUUUAUUCCAGUUUACUGGUAAAUAAUUUUAAAUUGCUACAAGCUGCCAAUAGCUGGUGUUUUUCAAACAAAUGACACAGGUGAAGUUUCUCUCAGUUUUACCCCCAAAAAAGGUUUUACUUUUACAAGGAGCCACAUAAGCUAUAUAGGAAGAGUUCAACAUUUUGGGAAAUAUACAUAUUUGAGAGAGUUAGAUGAGAAGAUUGAUACCCGGUUCUGUAGCUCUUUUAGCUGUACAAUAAAUAUGAAACCACACCCAGGAGUUGGUUGUCUUAGCUUGGCAUAAAUACUGGGAAAUAGCUAGUUUGGCUCUGUCCUAAGGUAACAAAAUACUCCUAUCUGCAACCCUAAAGCUCACUGAUUUACAUGUUAUGAGUCAUCUGUUUAAUCAGUAAAAAAAAAAAAAGAAUGUACAUGUAUUAACAACAUGUUAAUCAGUGUGCUUUAAAGGUGGUUGGAUUUUGAUAAUCCAAGACAGAACCAGAUGAGCUGUAUCCAGAUAAGCUAAGCUAACCGGCUACGGCAGCAUCACCUUUAAAGGGGAUACUCCGAAGAUUUAGUAUUGCAAAAGACUUGUGCAGAGACACUUUAAAAGAAAAGAAAAAGAUUGUAGCAGCAGAAGCCAGUAUAUCCUGACUUUUAGUCCCCAGCAUGAUUCAGACUCCAGAAAAACUGGAUCCUACAUUUCCCAUAAUGAGGCUCAGUAGCAUCUUUCACCAGAAACUUUCUAACUCCACUUCCCUGGAUUGUAAAGCAAACUUCCUGCUUAUAAAUUUGCAGUCUCCAAAACACUAUGACCUCAUCAGGGUUACUUCUCAGAGUUGAAUCCAGAGCCACAGAGAAUGUUGUAUUUGUAGGCUGAUUCAUACUCUGCAUGAUCAUUACACCGAUUUUAAUGUGUGAAGUUGGUGUAGUGUCCCUUUAAGAAGAAAAUGCAUCUGUAUGCAUACCUGUAAUGCGUUAUAGACUUUUUUUGUAAUCAGAUUACUUUGAUCUGGUUGCAUAUUUGACAUCCACCAAUAUUCUGCUGAUACAAUAUUCUGUAGACAUCAGUUUUAACAAUCCUUACUCUGUUACUUCCAAUAUACUGCCAUUCAAACCACAAACAGUAUGCUGUUCAGGAUUAACAUUAGAAGAACCAUGAUCAGAACAAUCACAAUGUUUUGCAAAAGGUCAGCCAUUGCAUGGUAAGAAUGUUAAUUGGUGUUUUUUGAUGUCAUUAAAUUGCUUUACUUUCCUA